AUGCAUGUGUCAAGAUGCAUAGUAACUCUGAAACAAGCUUGUCAAGUAACUAGCUCAACUAUAAUUGUAUUUUUUCUUAUACAUAGACCUGACCCAAAAGACAGAUGCCCCCUACCAUGUACUAGCCUAGAUAUAAAAAAACAGUCAUGUGGGCCUUCAAUUAUUUUUUGGCCUUGCAUUGUAAAGAUAUACUCUGAAGACAGUGAUGUGCAAGAUCAAGGUUUGACUGUUUUAAGCUGUAACAAAACAAAUUAUCUGAUGAAAGCUGCAACCAUGAGAAUAGGAAAGGAUGUCAAGUCCAAAGAGAAGGCAAUAUAACAAAUGGUUGCUGAAUUCAUGAAGACUAGCUGGGAUGAUACAGUACUUUUCUACUCUUAUGAACCAUAUCUAAACAUCAUUUGAGGAUCCCUUUGUCAGAAAAAAAAGAAUUUGCAUAUUCAAAGACUCUAUAGUUUAUUGUUUAUUUGUAUGUUGUUUAACAUUCUUCUUGAAAAUUUUUAACUCAUAUGGGGAUGCCAACAUUUGCAGGUGGAAAGCUGCAAAUUUUGUCCUUACUUGGAACACAUGGCUAAUUGAGCAAUGAGGGAUCAUUUUGGUGCUAG